GCCACUCGACCGCAUCACCUCGACUUCUUGCGCAUUCUGGCCAGCUUUCCCCCAAACUCAACCCGCCAUCUCCGAGAAAUCCUCACACGACACAAAAUCUUCAGCUUUGCAUCCCAGAUUCUUCUCACGAAUUCCCUUUCCCAUUGCAAACUCCGACCUGCUGCAUCUACUAUCGCGUCCUCGAGAGCCUCAGCACAUUUCGUCAUGGCUCCCCCUCCGCCCGCCAAUGUCCCUCUGACCCAGAGGCUCAUGCUGCUUGCCCAGACCCUGCAAUUUGCUUGGUUUGCCGGACAUUUGUCCCUGAUCUUUGCCGUCAUCCGUUAUGGCUUUUCCUAUAUCUCCUUCAACUACUACAGCCGGGUUGCCCGCUUUAGCUACCGCCUCACCUUUCUCUCUGCUGCCCUGACCUACGGUAUCGUCGUCUACAAGACGCUGAGGGCUCGCAGCAAGGCCGGAGCCAGAGCUCCUACGAGCCCUCUUGCUUUGGCUGCCGAUGAGAACGUCCAGUACCUUGGAAUGGCCCUCGUCUGGCUUCUGUCGCCCCAGUACCCGUUGGCGAUGCUCCCUUACGCCAUCUACUCGGUCUUCCACGUCGCGACCUACACGCGCGCCAACGUGAUUCCCACACUUACUCCUCCCAAGCCCGUCACCCCUGCUGCCGGUGCUUCUCCUAGCGCCAAGCCCCAGUACGCGCAAAACCCCAUCGCCGAUAAGAUUGGCGCUUUCGUCAAGGAGUACUACGAUGCUUCCAUGUCUGUCGUGUCUUCGCUCGAGAUCGCGCUCUGGGUUCGCCUCUUUCUCUCCGCCAUUACCUUCCAGCGUCGCUCCUGGAUCCUGAUUGUCAUUUACACCGCUUUUCUCCGUGCCCGCUACGCCCAGAGCACCCACGUCCAGAACUCACUUGCUCUUCUCGAGUCUCGCAUUGACUCCGCUGUCGGUAACCAGGGAACCCCUCCCGCUGCUCGCCAGGCUUGGGAGACAAUUAAGGGAGGCGCGCGCCAGUUCUACGCCUACACCGAUGUCAACCGGUAUAUCGCCGGUGCUUCUGUCCCUAAGAAGACCUCUUGAAAAAUUCCUCGGAUAGAUGACGUGUUCCAAAGCUGCUCGGAUCUCUGGAUGCGUAAUGACAAGAUCUCGGUUGGGCAAUGGCGCACGCAACACGGCUCUGCCGAUGCGACGGGUCAAGCUGUAACCCCAACGACGGCAUGCUGUUUUUGGCAGGUGAUGGCUUCGUGGAACGGUUUAUGACGAGAACACACGGUCGUAACGGAAAAGAAAGGAGGGGGGAGGCUUAUGGCCGGCCAAUGUUUACACGGCUUUUUCGCAAUUCAUUCAGGUUAUUGGAGUGUAGGCGAGUCCGGGACUUGGGCUUUUCCAGGUUGCCCUCUGCAUCACACGAUGAUUUCAGGUUUCCCGUUUUACUAUGGCUCCGGCUUUUGUCUGUUAGUUUUGUUUGAUCAGUAAAUCCAAAUUCGCAUCACUACACAAUCAUACCUAGGUG